AUGUGUACUCACAUUUGGCUUUGGCAUUUUUGGGGAAAUUGGAUACAUCUUAAAUUUGGUGAUUUCCUCGAGCGCUUCGAAUCCACCUCGAAACCGCCUCGCACCCCCAUUACUGUAAGUCCAAAAAUAAGCAUUCGUAUGCCCUUGACCCGCAAGUUAAGUGGAAUGUACGAGCCCAGUAGUCGGGACGAGACGACCCAUUCGGUAUUCAACGCCCAAACACUGUACAAUUCUUGCAGUAUGCCGUCGAUCCAAACUGGCGAGUCGUUCAUCAACGGCGAUGAAGCAAGUCUCGACAACAACACCAAUGGCUGGCAAUUCCGCAGCAGUUUUGAUCCGGACCUUUCAGAAGAUUACUGCGGAAGCACCACCACGGAUUUGGACUACAACAUCAAUACUCCGAGCUCGCUGUCGCCAAGCUUGAACUCGAGCUUUGUGAGUGGGACGGAACUCCAACCUCUACGACCUGUGCUAGACAUGGCCAAUUUAACUUUACAGCACUCCCAUCCCAUGCUGGACAUGGGUAACGAGCUGGAGCUCACAAAUAAAAGUUCGCCUGGAGAUUCCACGCCUCCACAUCUGGGGACUCAUCAAGUAACGAAACCGGUCCAGGACGCCGAAUGGACCGCAUCCAAAAACCAGCACACGACAGCAACAACAACGCCCAGAACCCGAAGCAACGGAGCCAUGACGAUGGCGAAGACGACUCGGUCGUGUCGUAAUUUCUGGUCGUCGAAUAGCGAUCGCGCACUUUUGGAAACCAUGCUUCGCCAUCAAAACCUAUUACGGAGCGCUCGCAAGUGUCGGCCUCGCAGCCGUUACUGGCUCUGCAUCAGCGAGAGCUUGACUUCGGACUACAACAUGCAUAGAAAUAAACGCCAAUGUCGGGACCGGUUCAAUUUGAUCUACUGGAAAGCGGUUCGCGACAGACAGCAAGAACGAGACCUGGAGCACACGAGCCAAACCAACCGUCUCAUGGACGAAUGCAUGCUGCGGUUCUACAUCGACAAGGACAACAAUUUGAUGCUGAGGGUGCCCGGGGACACCACCACCCACGAAGGGUCCGAAACCGUGCCGGACAAGAGUUCGAAGCCAAAGCCCAAAACCGAAGAUACUUCCGAGCCUAUGCCCCUCGCACUGGGACGUGCGGAUAGCGAGUGGGCGGAGUCGCAAGAAUCGAUGCAGGAAUGGAAAAACUGGGCGAUCGCGGCUGGCAAAGUGGCUGGCAAACCGCCCGGAAACCCGAUCGAAGCGUUUUUGCAACUGCAGAAGCAAACGGUCCAGCUCACGCAGCGGAUCGAGAUGCUACAGCGUGCUUUGGACUCGCAAAGAGUGCUCGUCCAGCAAUACGAACAAACCCAGAACGGCAGCCUGCACUUGCCGCUACAACUACACAUUCGGGACCCGGACCGACACACCGGCGGCCAGGUCCCUGCUCCCACACACGCACAGCACAACAACAACCGGUGGUAA